AACUGGAAUAUUUUCGCAACACAGAGUCGCAAUAGUGUGACGUUAUAUAGUAUAAUACGAUACUCAAAAUACCAAAUACAGAUGCCAUCUUAUUUUUACUCAUAAAUUUAGUAUCCGAAUUUAAUAUAAAUUGCUCCAUUUGUCGCUCACUGCCGUACAGUUAGUUCUGCAGAUAGGUUUAAUUGUAAUUCUGAAAUCUCUCGGUAUCAACAGGAUAACGCUGCGUUUGGAACUGUGGAUAAUCAUACGACGUCAAGUUUAAUUUGUCAUCCGACGUAAGAAGUUCAACAUCAUGGCUUUAAACUUAGAAUUUGUGGAAACAUUUCCACCAGUGCCAAGUUUGACUAGAGCGAAGUCAUAUGUUCUCGGAGGAUCACCGGAUGGAAAAACCUAUUUGUACACAAGUCAAAAAGGAGUUAUUAUCAGGGAUGUAGAGAACCCCAAGAAAUGUGAUGUCUAUUGUGAGCAUGUGAAGAAUGCAACUACCGCUCAAUACAGUCCAUCUGGAGCAUAUAUUUGUUCCGGAGAUGAGACUGGCGAAAUUAGGAUUUGGGAGCCAAAGCAUGAAGAGAAAAAAUUGAAAAGUAAAUUUCGACCAUUUGGGGGGGAAAUAAGAGAUAUCGCAUGGGGACCAGAAAGCAAAAGAGUAGCUGUAGGUGGAGACGGGAGAAAUAAAAAACAUGCUGCUGUUAUAAUGUUUGAUAGCGGCAACAGUCUGGGCGAAAUGGAUGCACUACCAGCUCGUGUAAAUUCUAUUAGCAUGAGACCGGUACGACCCUACAGGCUUGUGACAGGAGAUGAUAAAUUCAAGGCAUCGUUUUUUCAUGGACCUCCCUUCAAAAUUGUAUUAGACGCUAAGGACCAUUCAGGAUUUGUGAACUGUGUACGCUUUUCGCCUAAUGGUCAGUAUUUUGCAACUGGUUCCUCAGAUAAGCAUGCUUACUUGUAUGAUGGAAAGACUGGAGAGCAGAUUGGACAUUUUGGAAGCACGACUGGGAGUCACACUGGAGGAAUUUAUGGUAUGUCAUGGAGUCCAGAUAGCAAGGAGCUUUUGACUGUUUCUGGUGAUAAGACUGCAAAAAUAUGGAAUGUUGAAACAAAAGAAGAAGUUGUGAAAUUUAGUUUUGGAAAAGAAGUUACCGACAUGCAGUUGUCUUGUUUGUGGAUGGGAGAACAUAUCUUGACAGUUUCCUUGUCAGGUGUUAUCAAUUAUUUGGAUCGAAAUAAUCCUGAUAAGCCAUCUCAAAUCCUCAUUGGCCACUCUAAACCUCUAGCAUCGAUUCAAGCAAUACCUGGUGACAAAAUGCGUUUUGUUAGUGGUGAUAACAACGGAAAAGUUUUGAGGUGGGAUGUUGAAAGUGGAGUUGCUGAAUAUCUGCCUGGACAUGGGGAGAGUAAGGUGAUUGCGAUUCUCUACGAUGAUGCAAAUAAUGAAACCAUUUCAGCAGGAUGGGACGAUAAAUUAUCUUUCUUGUCAGUAUCGUGCGACUCUUCAACAUCUUCCACUACUGUUGGACUUACUUCGCAACCACUUAUAUUGUCGCUGGCAAAAGAUAGUAUAGUGAUUCUCUGCCAUAAAUCUGUCAUUCUUAUGAGGAACAAGAAAAUUGUAUAUGAUGAGCCGCACCAGGAAGAUUACGACAACUUCCAGCCUUCUCUGUUGGCUGCCAGUUCAGGAAACGAUGUUGCCCUAGAGGCCAAGGGGGAUAAAGUAAACAUCUUUCACAUUGAUGGUGACAAGUUGGUGAAAACAGACACAGUUUUGAAUGCAUUAUCUGGUGUUUCUUGUUUGUCAUACAGUCCUGAUGGAUCUAUGCUGGCAGUUGCAACGGAAAAUAAGUCUAUUGAUAUUUACUUGGUUUCAGAUGGAUAUAAAAAAAUAAAAGUGUUUCAUGCCCACGGCAUGAAGGUUUCAAUACUAACUUGGUCACCAGACAGCCAACUCCUCGCAAGUUUUAGCAUUGAUCCAUUGUUAGUUGUGUGGAAUGUUGCUACUGAGAAGAACAGUCUAGAACACCGUCCCCAUGACAGUGGUUUUAUCAAAAGUGUAACAUGGCUAGACAAUCGUACACUUCUUUCAGCUGGUGAUGACUGCCUUAUUAAGAGAUGGACCGUCUAGAAGUAAUCAUCUGAGAUCAUUGGAUUCUCUUUCUUGUUUUCAGGGGCACCCCAAAAAGUUUUUUUAAUGGUUGUGUGACAUUAAAAAGUUUAUUAAUGCGCUUUGUACUUCAUAUGCCAUGUCGUGGGUAUCAAUCAAUCAACAAUAAUUUAGUUUUCAAAGAUUUUCUACUGCAAAUGAUAACUUAUCAAUGAAUGGGCUGUUUUUGAAUUAAAAAUGUAGGAAUUUGCCUUAUCACUAACAGUUCUCUACCAUUUCUCUUCAAACAAUAUAGGAAUUGUAUUUGAAACUUUUUCAGUCGUGUACCUGUCGUAAUAUAAACAAAUUUUUUGAGGUGUAGCGUAUGACAGAAUGUAACAAAUGUCCCAGUCCUACAGUCUUGGUUUAAAUUACUUAUUAUAUACAGUACAUUUGUAUUAAAAAAUGUAUUUUUUACGAUGAGCUGUAUAAAGCUCAAAAUCUUAUGUCGCCUUUUCACAUGAGCACUUUUUGUUUUCUGUUUGAUAUUUUGUCAUUAUUCAGAGGUAGAAAUCAUGUUAGCGUGUCCCACUCGUACGAUGACUAUGUCACUUACACUAGGAGUUGUUGAUGUUCAAAUGAUAGAUGGAAUUGACUUCACUUCAUGUUAUUUUCAACUGAGCUUGGUGCAAUUUUUGCGAUGCAAUUUUUCAAACAAGCCGCUUUGCAAUGCUUUUUUUUUUUAAAUAGGUUAUAAAUUUAGCAUAAUCUUACUCAAUACUAGGUUAGUAAACUAUCAUUUUUUACUGUUUGAAAUGUUUUCUGGUCUAUGUUCUCUGGUUAAGUCUUCCAAACAGCAAUAUCUUAUGAAAUGUACAGUUUAGCCGUCAGCAAUGCAACAAGCAUGCUCACAAUGGUUUCUAGCUACUUUCACAAUUUGCUAAUUCUUGGGUUCUAGCGAUUUUUUAGUCGCACUUUUUAGCACUCCUUUUGUAGAGUAGUAGACGUACUUUUUGUAUUUUAGGGUAAUCCGAGGGUCCUUAUCUGCUUCUAUACGCUAUGGUCAUCUCAAACUCUCAAGACUUAUGAUACUGACAAACAAAUGCACUAAGCAAUUCAUAUUUUAAUAACGAAUAUCCAGUUGUUGGCGUCACAAUAAAAAAAAUAUUUUGUGUGAGAAAAUAUUCAAGAAAAUAUUCCUUUAAUUGAAUAAUCAAACUUGUACUCAGACCUUGUACCCGGUACAAUAUAUCUUUCGGAUUGUGUCAAUGUUGGAUUAUAUGCAUAUAUUGUUCCAUAAUUCAUGUUUUUUGAGGCUUCAUCACUUUUGUUUUGAACAAUUGUUUUCACAGUUAAUUUUUACUUUAAACUGCCUAAAAAAAAAGCAAUCGUUUAUGCUGAUGUGAUUUAUUUGUCACUUGACAAAUUUCUGAUCACCAUUGUACUCACUUUUUGCUCCGCUUAUCAAAAGGAAAUAUAAAAUUCUUUAAAAGACAAAAAAAGUAUUUUAUUAUAGAUUUGAUUCCCAAUUAUUCAGAAAAUGGAAAUUACUAAUAAUCAAAGCCAAAUGUGCAACUAGGAUUCGUUGCUGAUUUUUAAAACAUGUUUAAACCAGACUUUUUUAUUUAUUAAUUUGUUUCAAUCAAUAUAUCUUAUCGUGGAGCUCUUGUUCAGUUUUGGAAGAAUUUAAAUGAACCUCAACACUCUAAUCUAACAUCUCACUUGCUUUCUUGGACAAUAUCAUGGCGUCAUCUAUUGCUUUAUAUGCUCAUUUAUUUACCAUGAUAUAUCUCAAUUACAACGAUUUGUGUCUUAAACUUUAAAUAAAUCAUGUAGAAAAUA